UUCUCCGCAUCGCCAAUACGACACACUCAUAGACAUACACCAUGCCUCAUAAAAAAGCGAAGCGAUCAACACGCGAACAAGCACGCAAACAAACAGGGUCGGACCUUCCUCCCCCGAUGAAGAACCUAGCUUCUGAAGGGAUACCCAAGUCUGUCGCUCGUAUACUGAACGCUGCGUCCGUGCGCGCGGAAUGGCACGCCAAAAAGAGAAAGAGCGAGGAGGAGGAAGGCAAGAAUCGAAAGAAGCGGCGCAUGGACCAAGAGAGCGAGAAGAAAGGCAAGAAGGAGACGACUUUGACGAUCAAGCCUGGGGAGUCGCUAGCGCACUUCAACCGACGUGUCGAAGACGACAUGCGACCCCUCGUUCGCUCUGCCAUGGCCACUUCCUCCGUCGUAGCGCGUAAAGCAAAGAAUGGGUCUGAUACAAACAAUGCGCAAUCACGUCGACCGAAGGGAAACGAACAAAUGUCAGAGGCAUCCAUCGCAAUCACAGAGGUGAUAGCCGCGAAUAAGUCACAGGACGUCGAUGACGAUGAACGUAUGGAUCGCGGUCGGAAGCGACCAAAGGAUCCCCCGAAGGACUUCGAGCGCACGUCAUCCUCUGCGCCCAAGAGACUCAACGACGUUGCACAAGCGCCACCGGAGCUGCGUGAACUGCCGCAGAGAAUAACGCGAGAAGGAAGUCGGGGUUGGGACCCGAGGGAAGGAAAGGCAAAAGGUGUGCUCUCGAUGGCGCAAAGGGCUCUGAUGGAGGCGGAGAGGGAGAAAGCGAUCCAACGGUACAGGCAACUGAAAGAACAGAAGAUGAAGACGCGACACGAAGGCAAGCACAACGCUUAGAUGGCGAGAGCAGGCGGAUGCAGAUAAUUAUGAUGCAUCUCGCAGUGGCUAGUUUUUCCUCUUCCGCUGCUUGACCUCGCGCCAAUCAACCGCGAUCAGAGUUAGCAUGGUUGGACAGGGCGCGGGUCGAUCAUACCAUCCGUUUAUACAUGCAGUGAACAUAGAUAAAUGAACACGCGACGCGCAGACGCCUCAAUCUGAAUGGUCCUACGGCUUAAUCGUCUUAAGAGGCUUUCUCGCAUAUGGCGCGCCACGGCGGAAGAUGCAACGAUAUCAGCUUCCGAGAACGCAGAGCAACAACGCCGACGAUCA